AUGAAGAACCUGGACCAGUAUGGACGAAGUCACAUGGAGAGUCUGGUUUAUGCUGCUCUGUCCAGUCUGUUGUUGGUCCUACUAGGCCUGCUGGGCUCGGUCCAUGGCUGUCCUGAUGUCUGCACCUGCUACGGUAACACCACUGACUGCUCCGCUGUCGGCCUCCUCUCGAUGACACCCAUCCUAACGCUGCUGGACCAGGAUUCUCUGGUCCUUCGCCUACCCCAGAACAACCUCUCCACUCUAGGCAAGACGGAGCUGUCCAACUUCAGCAGCCUGGAGAUCCUGGAUCUUUCCCAGAACCACUUUUCCACCCUGCAGCCAGGAGCUUUCCAAGGCUUGAGCAGCCUGCGUUGGCUCAACCUCUCCACUAACUACCUCGGGGUGCGGCUGGUGACACCUGACCCCAACAACAGCACAGAGGCCAUCCCGGGCUUGAAUGGAAGUCAGGGGAAUGUCAGCUUGAGCAAGGAGGUUUUCAAGGGGUUGUGGCAGCUGCAAGGACUCGACCUGUCCUCCAAUGGUCUCCUUUGGCUGCCUAAAGGUCUGCUGGAUGGCCUUCAGAGACUUACCUGGCUGUCCCUGGCCAGCAACCAGCUCGUGGCCCUGGACAGAGUCACCUUCGAGCCCCUGGUGAGGCUGCAGCAGCUCCAGCUGGCGGGAAACCCCUGGGAGUGCGACUGCAAGCUGAGGGACUUCAAGCACUGGAUGGAGUGGUUGAUUUACAGAGAUGGGCAGGUAGAUGUGAUGCAGUGCAGUCUCCCAGGGGAUCUGAGGGGCAGGGACAUCCGCAGCGUGCCAGCAGAGAUGUUCAGCUACUGCCUGCAGAGUCCGACCAAGGAGGCCACGUCAGGUUAUGCCACCCGGCCUCCUUGCCCGCCUGGCAGGGUCAGCAGCAACGAGGAAUGUGUUCGCCAGCGUUACCGACCCGUAAGUGUCCGCCGUGCACACGGCACGCAGAUUGUUGCAGGCGUGGUAUGCGGUACAGUGUGCGUCAUGAUGGUGGUUGCGGCAACUUAUGGCUGCGUCUAUGCCUCGCUGAUGGCGCGGUACCAGAGGGAGAUGAAGAGCCGAGGCCAGCCUCUGAUGGCCGAGUCUGGAGCUGAUACUGACCUGGAAGAUGGACAAAUGUCAUCCCCGACCUCACCGGAGGAGACACCCCCCAAAGAGGCCUGCGGCAUCGUGCAUGGGUAUCGUAUCAGCAGCUUCUGA